UCCAACCCCCAAUAUCUAAAAACUUGCAAGUUGUUCAUAAAGCUUCAGCCUUUGAAUCAAUGAGUUGAAAAAUGAAAAAUUUAUCAAAAGGGUUGUGAGGGACAGAUAUUGAAAACAAAUCCAUUUCUGCAGCUUAGCUCAAGAGAGAGAGAGAGAGAGAGAGAGAGAGAUUGAAAAUGAUAUCCCUUCUGGAAGCUGAAUAUUAAAACUUUGGUCUUUAGAGAGAGAGAGAGAGAGAGAGAGAGAGAGAGAGAGAUGAACAUGUGAAUGUGCUGUAAUGGAGAAGCAUACCGGUAGAAGAGAGUGGUUGGAUUGGCAGAAAUUGAUAAUUCUGUGAGCUUUAAAUUUGCAUUUCUCUCAAGUCAAUGAAAGCAACAGUGUUGCUAUUUUGACCUGUUAAUUAGAUUAAAGGGGAGGGACAGGAAAACAAUCUCUUCCUCUCUCUCUCUCUCUCUCUCUCUCUCUCUCUCUCUCUCUUCUGGUGUGGAGAUGGGUAGAGUUCUUGCUAUUGGACUUCUGCUAUGCAGCUUGCUGCUGCUGUUCAAUCCUUCAACUUCACAUCCUCUAUGCAUUGAUUCAAGGGCACCUUCUACUCUGAGUGUUCCACUCAAGUUUUGUCCUUACAACGAAACUGCCUGCUGCAACUCCACUGAAGAUUCACAAAUUCAGAAGCAAUUCCAAACCAUGAACAUCUCCAAUUCUGGCUGUGCUUCCCUUUUGAAAUCAGUACUUUGUGCAAGGUGUGAUCCGUUUUCGGGUGAGCUAUUUACCGUUGACCCUGUGAUCCGCCCUGUUCCGGUUCUCUGCAACUCAACUGUUUCAUCAAAUUCAUCCCAGUCUAAGGCAGCAGUAACCGAUUUUUGCUCCACCGUAUGGGACACAUGCCAAAAUGUGUCGAUUUUGAACUCCCCCUUUAACCCUUCAUUACAAGGUGGACCGCCUGCCAAGACCAAUGCUAGUGAGCUAACCAAACUCUGGCAAUCAAAAUCCGCUUUCUGCAGCGCAUUUGGCGGAGCCUCUAGCGACGAAUCAGUAUGUUUCAAUGGCGAGCCGGUCACACUGAAUGAUUCUGGCAUUCCCAUCCCCCCACAUGGUUUGUGCCUUGAGAAAAUUGGAAAUGGAUCUUACCUCAACAUGGUUGCUCAUCCGGAUGGCUCCAACCGCGCGUUUUUCUCGACCCAGGAAGGCAAAAUUUGGCUGGCAACAAUUCCUGAAGAUGGAUCAGGAGGUGUAAUGGGGCUUCAUGAGUCGAGUCCCUUUGUUGAUCUAACCGAUGAGGUUCAUUUCGAUACUGAAUUUGGAAUGAUGGGGAUGGCGUUCCAUCCCAAUUUUGCGCAAAAUGGUCGGUUUUUUGCUUCGUUCAACUGUGACAAGGUUAAGUGGCCUGGAUGCACUGGACGAUGUUCAUGUAAUUCAGAUGUUGAUUGUGAUCCUUCGAAGCUAGGUUCCGAUAAUGGUGCUCAGCCGUGCCAGUACCAAAGUGUUGUAGCAGAAUAUACUGCUAAUGGUACUGCAUCCCAGCCUUCCUUGGCAACGAGCGCUAGACCAACGGAAGUAAGGAGGAUAUUUACCAUGGGCCUUCCUUUCACAGCUCAUCAUGCAGGACAGAUACUCUUUGGACCCGAAGAUGGGUACUUAUACUUCAUGAUGGGAGAUGGUGGCGGUGUAGGCGAUCCAUACAAUUUCUCUCAAAACAAGAAAUCUUUGCUUGGAAAGAUUAUGAGGCUCGACGUUGAUAAUGUACCAAGUGCUGCAGAAAUGGAUAAACUUGGUCUGUGGGGAAACUACUCCAUCCCCAAAGACAAUCCAUUCACCGAAGAUCCAGCACUGAGGCCGGAAAUUUGGGCUCUAGGACUAAGAAAUCCGUGGCGCUGCAGUUUUGAUGCAGAAAAUCCUUCCUACUUUAUAUGCGCAGAUGUCGGGCAGGAUCUAUAUGAAGAGGUGGAUGUGAUCACCAAGGGUGGAAACUAUGGCUGGCGUUUUUAUGAAGGCCCAUACACUUACACUCCUCCGAAGUCACUUGCUGGAAACACAUCCACAAAACCUACAGACGUAAUUUUUCCCGUCAUGGGGUACAACCAUUCUGAAGUGAACAAGAAAGAAGGAUCGGCAUCCAUAACCGGGGGCUAUAUCUAUCGGUCUGAGACUGAUCCGUGCACGUAUGGAAGGUAUUUGUAUGGCGAUUUGUACGCUGGUGCAAUAUGGGCAGGCUCCGAAGAUCCAGAAAACAGCGGAAACUUUAGCUCGAGCAAAAUCCCUUUCAGCUGCGCAAGUGACUCUCCGAUAGCUUGCAGCUCUGUCCCGGACAGUAGUCUUCCGGCUCUAGGCUACAUUUUCUCGUUCGGGGAGGACAACCGCAAGGACAUGUUCGUUCUAGCCAGCAGCGGCGUUUACAGAGUUGUUCGGCCUAGUCGGUGUCGUUACACAUGCUCAAAGGAGAAUGCGACUGCUGGUGCAACCCCAGGUCCUACUGGUUUGCCUAAAUCUCAUGCUUCGUGGUUAAGUCACCCAUCUAAGAAUGCAGUGCUCUUGUUUUCUUCUCUAGUGUUGCUUCUCCUCAGUUUUGUCUAGCAUUUUCUAGGCUAUUGUAUCAAUGUGUUUGGAACUUUUCUUUGUAAUUAUAUGUUUUGAGUGUUAAAAGGGGAGAUUUUAUUUCUUGAGAAUUUUUUAUGUGUACUGGAAACAUUUGCGACCUGGUGUAGAAUUUUAUGUGUUAUACAAUGGGUGGACGACGAGAUUCUUAA